ACCUUCAUCCAGCUCUUCCACCUUCAUUCAGCCCUUCCACCUUCAUCCGGCUCUUACAACUUCAUCCAACAUGUUCAGCGUUCGCUUCCGCGGGUAUCACGCAAUGGCGUUCCGAUGGAACGAUGUCCCUGUGUAUCACGCCAUCCCGCCGUCCACGGGGGAGGCGAUCCCCGAGGGUCCUUUCGCCCCGCUGGUGUUAGCAGUCGAGGCUCAUACGUACAAGAUCGACGCGUUUUCGAGAGAGGUGAUUCGCUCAAACGCAUCACAUUCCACGGACUCAGCUCACUGACCAACCUAUCCAGAUGCUGGAGAAGCGCAUGAAGCUGGUGGAGCUCAUGGAUCAAAACAAGCAGCCCAAGGAAGAUGUCGACCAAGAUUCCGACGGGGUCAUCUGUGCGGAGGGCCGCGUGUCCUCAUGCACGACGGCGGACAUCGAGGUGGCUGAGAACAUCUUCGCGCUUCCACGCGAGCUUGGUGCUCACGACACGUCUUCGACAGAGGUAAGCCACCCACACGCGUCUCCAACAUCAUCCAUCCAACGUACUCAUCACCUCCAGUCUCUUCACGAUUGCUUCGCCGGCCUUCCCCUGGAGCUCGUGCUCAGAAUCGGCUACUUCGCCGUCGUCAACCCAGAGCCCAUCCAGCUCUUCCACCCGAGCUCCAAGGAAUACAGCAACAUGCCCGCCUUGCUCGCCCAGCCCGCCAUGACGCGUGUGAACAAGAGCUUCCGCGCCACCCUGCUUCCCGCAUUCUACGAGCAAAACGGCUUUGUGAUCCACGACGACUGGCUCGACAUGAACAUCGUGAGCGAAUGGCUCCGCGCCAUCGGCCUCGUCAAUCGCUGUCGCUUGCACUGGCUCUACUUCACAUCGGAGCGCGAGGACCUCGGGAGGGUGUUAUACCGUAUGGAUUUCGGCCGUCACUCGCGCGUGGUCUUAUGGGAGCCCAUGCCUGAGACGGCGCAAAUGCUACUGCUGGAUCUUGGGUUCUUCCCCGACGCGGCGGAGGCAACAGGCGUGUGUUCCGUUCGCUUCAUGGUGACGGAGCGCAUUGAUUUGGCCGAGAUUGCCUCCGUUGCCCGUGUGGAAGGACCGCGUGUCAGGCGAUCCCUUUCGGUAGGAACUAGCCAGGGUGUCAGCUCUCAGCGAGAUAGGUCAUGGUGAAAGGGUGGGAUGACAGCGGUUGGGGGGUGGUGGGGGAGGGUGUGUGCGGGUGAGAUAGGUGCGAGCAGGCCAGUGGUGUAGCA